UCUCUAACACACGCAAACUCACAUAGAGAGAGAGAGAGAGGUAGAGGGAGAGAGAAAAGAGAGAUGGGUGAAAAUCUGCAAAGAGUGAGAGUAGUUGGAAAAUAUUCACCGGUAAUAGUAAUGGUGAUAACAAAUGUAGCGAUGGGUUCGGUGAACGCACUUGUGAAGAAAGCUCUUGAUGUUGGUGUGAACCAUAUGGUCAUUGGUGCUUAUCGAAUGACUAUUUCAGCUUUCGUUUUGGCUCCUUUAGCCUAUAUCUUGGAAAGGAAAAAAAGACCGAAGAUAACGUUAAGGCUAAUGGCCGAUCAUUUCAUCAGUGGCAUGCUCGGGGCUAGUUUGAUGCAAUUUUUCUUUUUGCUUGGUCUGUCGUACACGUCAGCAACUGUUUCAAGUGCUUUGGUAAGCAUGUUGCCUGCAAUCACCUUCGCUUUGGCCCUUAUUUUCAGGAUUGAAAAUAUAAAGGUUUUAAAGACCAAAGCAGGGAUGUUGAAGGUGAUUGGAACUCUAAUAUGUAUAAGUGGAGCUUUGUUGUUAACAUUUUAUAAAGGCCCUCAAAUAUCAAUAUCUCACUCUCACCGAGGAGAGACUCCCCGCAGCAACAAUAACAGCAACGACGACGCUCGCCAAGACAAAGCCAAUAAUUGGCUUCUUGGAUGUCUUUACUUAACCAUAGGAACCGUUUUGCUAUCUCUAUGGAUGUUGUUUCAAGGGACCUUAAACAUUAAGUACCCUUGCAAAUACUCAAGCACUUGUCUCAUGUCAGUAUUCGCCGGGUUUCAAUGUGCUCUCUUGAGUCUUUACAAGAAAAGAGACGUUAAUGAUUGGAUCAUCAAUGACAAAUUCGUGAUAAUCGUCAUUAUAUACGCUGGAGUGAUCGGACAAGCAAUGUCGACGGUAGCAACAACAUGGGGAAUAAAGAAAUUGGGAGCUGUUUUCGCAUCGGCGUUUUUCCCAAUUAUUCUAAUCUCCGCUACUCUAUUUGAUUUCCUAAUAUUACACACUCCUUUAUACAUCGGAAGUGUGAUUGGAUCACUAGUGACAGUAACGGGUCUCUACAUGUUCUUGUGGGGUAAGAACAAAGAAACUGAACCAUCAGCUAUAUUGUCUUCUCGGCUGGAUGACGAAGCUCACAAUAUUAAAACUGAUGACGACGACUCUAAGUCUCCCGUUUAAUUUUAAUAUUAUUGUACUUUACAAGUAACGGUUAUAUUAUAGUUAAUGUAUAAGGAGAGAAUGUGAGAUAAAAUAACUUUAUUUAAAGUCUGGAACUCGAAACAUUAACGUUGAGAGUUUGUAAAAUAUUUUCAGUAAUUAUAAUGAUG